CAAAACCAAACCUCCUAGAAAGCUCCAAACAACACCUGAAAGAUCUUCAACAACACAAUAAAAACUCACUCCCAAGUCCCAACAACUUCACAAACAAAGAGCAAACAUAUUACUUCUUUUAACCCAGCUAGCUACUCACUCAUAACAAUAAUAAUAAGAAAAAUAACAUACAUGGCUAGAUACUAUAAUGAUCAAUACUACUUCUGGGAAUAUUUCUCUUUCCCACUUCACCUAUGCUUCUUCAUGUUCAUACUCUUCUUUGUGUUGGCCUUUUCUUGGUACAUAAACUAUGAGUCCAAGUUUGAGGACUUGUUUGUUCAGGUCAAGAUCUUGCUAGCACUUGUUCCGCUAAUCUUGUUGCUUAUUGUACACUGCCUCUCCUCCGAGUCGUUUCCGAUUCCUUUGCCGGAGGAGAGGGAGUCGUUGCACCGUGCCGGAGGGUCACCGUGGGGAGUGGCACUCUUGCUUGUGUUCCUCUUCUUUAUGAUGGCUUACCAGUCUUCUUUUCAUGAACGCUGGUUCCCCUUGGUUACUAGAUGAUUUAAGUUGCGUGGGUCAACUUUUUUAUUUUUAAUAUUGAAUUGAUUUAUUCUUUUUUAUUAUGAAAUAAGUCUCGUACUUUAUUUUAUAACAAGGGAGAAUAAAUUAAUUCAUUAUUAACGAAAAAAGUCAAUAUACUUUUUUUGUUUUGAGAAGAGGCAAUUAUAUAGAG